CAUAGAUGACAACAAUAAAGUCUGUGCUCGGCUUUCUUCACAAGUCCACGCCCCGCUGGCGUACAGUACAUGCCUGCAUGGUCUGGACGGAGAUCCAGGAAGGUUGACGGACAGAGAAGAAGGACCUCCGCACAUCAUGAUCCCAAAUCUCCCCGCAUGAAAAACGACUGAUCUUCCAACUCCAGCUCUGAUCUAAAGAAGGCACCAUGAUUCCUGUAAUGGAAUUCCGGCAGUUCUCUGAACAGCAGCCAGCGUUCAGAGUGCUGAAGCCGUGGUGGGAUGUGUUCACCGACUAUCUGUCUGUAAUCAUGCUCAUGAUCGGCGUCUUCGGAUGCACUCUUCAGGUAAUGCAAGACAAAAUCAUAUGCCUUCCUCAGAAAACAUCAGUGAACACAAAUGAAGUGGAAACGACGUCAUUGUUACACCUGCAACCCAAUACUUCAGCUGUACCGAGAGAAAUGAAGGGCCUGAAAACCAACCUGGAUCUUCAACAGUACAGUUUCAUCAAUCAGAUGUGUUAUGAGAUGGCUCUGCAUUGGUAUGCCAAGUACUUUCCUUAUUUGGUUCUUAUACACACCCUAGUUUUCAUGGUGUGUAGCAACUUCUGGUUCAAAUUUCCUGGCUCGAGCUCUAAAAUAGAGCAUUUUAUCUCCAUGCUUGGCAAGUGCUUUGACUCUCCGUGGACUACACGAGCUCUGUCGGAAGUCUCUGGGGAGAAUCCUGAAGAAAAGGACCAUAAAAAGACUACUAGGUCCAACAUUGCUGUGGCCCCUGGAGAGGGCAGUUUGGAGAAGACACAGUCCCUUCGGUCUAUCCCGGAAAAGAUUGUAGUUGACAAGCCGUCAGCAAGUGCUCUUGACAAAAAAGAGGGGGAACAAGCUAAAGCACUUUUUGAAAAGGUAAAGAAGUUCCGUUUGCAUGUUGAGGAGGGAGAUAUCCUCUACAUCAUGUAUGUUCGCCAGACAGUGUUCAAGGUGUUUAAAUUCCUCCUCAUCAUUGCAUAUAAUAGUGCCCUGGUGAAUAAGGUGCGGAAUAGAGUACGUUGUGAAGUUGAGAUACAGAACAUGACCGGCUACAAAGACUUUCAAUGUAAUCACACUAUGGCUCAUCUGUUUUCCAAGCUUUCGUACUGCUACCUGUGUUUAGUUGCUGUCUAUGGAUUUACAAGCCUUUACACCUCCUACUGGUUGUUUUACCGCUCACUGAAAGAGUACUCCUUUGAGUAUGUGCGACAAGAAACAGGCAUCAAUGACAUCCCAGACGUCAAGAAUGACUUUGCCUUCAUGCUACACAUGAUUGAUCAGUAUGACCCACUUUAUUCGAAAAGAUUUGCCGUUUUUCUUUCCGAGGUCAGUGAGAACAAACUGAAACAGCUCAACCUAAACCACGAUUGGACUGCAGAGAAACUGCGUCAGAGACUCCAGACCAAUGGCAACAACAGGCUUGAACUUCAGCUGUUCAUGCUCCCUGGGUUACCAGACACUGUCUUUGAGUUAACAGAGCUCCAGUCUCUUAAACUCGAAAUCAUCAACAAUGUCACCAUCCCUGCCUCAAUCUCUCAGCUGGAAGACCUUCAGGAGCUGUCUCUUUACCAAAGCUCUCUAAAGUUGCACACAACAGCUACCUCCUUCCUCAAAGAGAACCUUAAAGUGCUUCGCGUGAAGUUUGAUGAUAGCAGGGAAUUUCCAAACUGGAUGUACGGCCUGCGAAAUAUAGAGGAGCUCUAUCUCACAGGAUCACUAUGCCCUGAUGCCAAGAAUAUAGUUCUUGAGUCAUUGCGGGAGAUGAAGUGUUUGAAAACUCUCUCCCUUAAGAGUAAUUUGACCAAGAUACCGCAGUCCAUAGUGGAUGUUUCCAGCCAUCUGCAGAGGCUGUACUUACACAAUGAUGGCACUAAGCUAGUAAUGCUCAAUAACCUGAAAAAAAUGAACAAUCUGACAGAGCUGGAGCUAGUGCGCUGUGAUCUGGAACGUAUUCCACAUGCAAUCUUCAGCCUCACGAACCUGCAGGAGCUCGACCUGAAAGAGAACAACCUUCGCUCUAUAGAGGAGAUCAUCAGCUUCCAGCAUCUUCGAAAACUUAUUUGCCUUAAACUUUGGUACAAUGGCAUCAUGUAUAUCCCAGAGCAUAUCAAAAAGCUUGGCAGCCUAGAGCGCCUCUACUUCAGCAACAACAAGAUUGAGAUAUUGCCUUCGCACCUGUUCUUGUGCAACAAGCUGCGCUACCUUGACAUGUCCAACAAUGACAUCCGAUUCAUCCCUCCAGAAAUCGGAGUCCUUCAGAGUCUACAAUAUUUCUCUGUCACCUGUAACAAAAUUGAAAAUCUACCUGAUGAGCUCUUCUUUUGCAAGAAGCUCAAAACGCUAAAGCUUGGCAAGAACUCGCUGUCCAUCCUCUCACCAAAGAUUUCCUACCUAGUUCAUCUGACACACUUGGAGCUCAAAAGCAACCACUUUGAGGUCCUGCCACCAGAGCUGGGUUUUUGUCGUGCUUUGAAGCGCAGUGGCCUUGCAGUGGAAGACACAGUCUUUGAAACUCUGCCUUCAGAUGUCAGGGACCAAAUGAAGGCUGAGUGA